AUGUCACCAAUUACUCGUAGUCAAACAAGUCUAAGACGUUGGUUAUAUCCUGUUUUCCCAACAUCGGCCCAAAUUGAAGAUGCUUUUCAAAGUUCUGUAGUGCGUAUACAAGGGGAUGCACGAAAACUGCUUGGUGUAAAUUUAUCUGUACUAGAAAUUCGUCAAAAUCUUUACAACAGUAAUUUACAAGAAUAUUGGUUGGUUAAUAAUUUCGAAGCUUUACAAGAUGUUAUGUAUUAUAUAAUGAAAAGAAAAUUAUUCAAAAAAUAUAAAGACCAAUUAAUUGCUGCUGGAGUAGAAGUUGCAAAAAUAAUGGAUUCGAUGCAAUUAUCAAUUAUGACAAUUAUUGAUGAUAGCAAUAAAAAUCCAAAUAAUUCGUUGCAUUAUCAUUUUGAUGAUAUUGAUGGUACUAGAGGAAAGCAAGAGUCAUUAAUUAUAAUAAUUCUUGGAGAUAUUCAAUACCAUUUCGAAAAUAUUAUUAGCAGAUUAGGUUUUCCUAAUUGUUUGUAUAAUUUAAAAAACUUGGGAAUGGGAAAGCAGCUUUUAAUUAUGGCAUUAUUGUUAAUAAUGAUGUAUAAUAUUGGGUUUAAAGAUGUUGUUAAUGACCAGCGGCUGACUAAUCAACAUCACAAAUUAAAUACUGUUCAACUACGUGGCAAAGUAAAAGAACAAGUUUUAAGAUAUGUCGAAGAAGAAAUUUCAAAAAGAUCACCAGAUUUGAUUAAUCAUGGCAAUAUUAAUAAAGAUCAAUUAACAAAAAUUAUACAUGGAUCAAGUACUGACUAUGCUUUGUAUACAAGUGGUGCGCAAAUAAUAAAUAAAUUGACAUCAAGAGUUUAUGAAGAGUGGCCAACAAAAAUGCAUCAAAGAAUAUGGGGUUACUUCACACAUCGUAAUCUUGUAAAAAGUCGUGAGCCUGAUGUGGUCAUCAAACCAAACAUUAAUGUUGGUGAGUGUUGGUGUUUUAACGGAACAAAAGGUCAAAUUGCCAUAGAGCUGUCAAGAAAUAUCAUUUUCACACAUGUGGCAUUACAUCACAUUGGCAAAAAUGUAUCGAUUGAUCCAAUUAUUUUAAAAAAUAAAGAUUUCAACAUUUUUUUGGGUCAAUAUCAAUAUGACUUAACGGGAAAACCUUUACAAUUAUUCCAUUUACCAGAAUCAAUUGCAAGAACCAACAAUAAACGUAUUCAAGCAAUAAUCAUGAAAAUUUUAAACAAUCACGAGAAUCCAAAAUUUACUUGUUUAUAUCGGCUUCAACGUUUAAAUGAAGAUGCAAAAAAUUAUAUUAAACCAGAUCCAGUACCGAUAUUUGAUGAAAUGAUAAAUUUUUUUGACGAGGCACCUUCUAAAGAAUUAUUAAAAAAAAAUGAUAAUAAAAUGAUGACUUCUAAAGGUAGAUCAACUAAGAAGAAAUUAGAUGAUGAUGUUUCUUCAUCUCCAAUUGAGCAACAUUAUGAAGAUGAUAAGAAUGGAUUCUCAUUGAUAGACAAAUUAAUAACAGAUAAAGAUAAAAAAUUACAAAGUUUAAAUAAAGAAACUCAAACUGGAGUAGUAAGAAUUAUAUCAGACAUUUUUUCUACUGCUGAUCAAGUUACUUAUAAUUUUCAUAUACAUUCAGGUUAUAACAACACCAUCAUCACAUUAGCAAAUUCUCGUGGUGAUACAUUAAUUACAAAAUCAAGUGGAAUUGUAGGCUUUAAAAAAGCUCAACGUGGUGGCUAUGAAGCAGCUCAUCAAACUGCUACAGCUGUCAUCAAUGCAAUCAAAGAAAAAAAAAUUAAAGUUAGAAAUGCAGAAAUGUUUCUUAAAGGCUUUGGUUCUGGUAGAGAAGCUGCAUUCAAAGCUAUUGCCUCAGCUGAAAAUGAAUGGAGUAUUAAAAGAGUAACUGAUUCAACUCCAACCCCAUUCAAUGGUUGUCGCCCCAAAAAAACAAGAAGAUUAUAA